ACGCAUCCAAAGAAUGUUUUGAGGCCUUAUAAAAAGGUGCGCGUCCAACAUACUGAGCUAGUUCGUUGAAACCCAUUAUCAGAAGAAGUAAAUUCGCUAAACCGCAUCGCUCACGCAUCUAGUAGUUCUAGUACCACCCGAUACAAUCUCGUGUUUAUUGGAUAAACCGCAUUUCGUACUGAGAAAAAGCUGGCCAGCUAACGCGAGUGAAAAACUGUAAUCGAGAGAAAACCAGAAAUCUUCAGGACAAACCCUCCCUUAAACUAGAAAAUCAACAUGUUGGUUCGCACUUACGACAUUCGUCUCACCGUGGCCCUUCUCACCCUUCUGGACCUCACACGGGAGGUUUUAGCGGUAAAAUUGACUGCGAUCAAGAUUCCCGCUUACGUGCGAGCAGGUGACUCGGUCACGUUUAGAUGCGAGUACGACCUGGAAGGGGUGGAUCUGUAUUCGAUCAAGUGGUACAGGAACGACGAGGAGUUUUAUAGAUACGUACCUAAGGAGUCGCCUCCCUUUAGGUCCUUCUCUAUUAAAUAUAUUAACGUCGAUGUUUCAAAGUCCGGGGAGAACGUGGUGACGCUCAGGGGGGUCCAGAGACAGCUGACGGCCGAUUAUAAAUGCGAAGUGUCUGCGGACGGACCCUUUUUUCACACCGACAUCUUGGUCGCACGGAUGAUUGUUGUCGAAUUACCUACGGAACACCCUAUUCUAAGGGUGGAACCCCACAAGGUUGACAUAGGGAAGAAACUUGCUGCCGAAUGUUUCGUCUUACCUUGUGACCCUCCUGCUAACAUCAGCUGGUUUAUUAACAACCAAAAGAUGGAUACCAACGCUCUGGACUCCUCAAUCCGUAUAUACAAAAAACAGGAUGAGCAGGACCCCUUGUUGGGCCUCUGGACCUCCCGAUCCAGGAUGGAGGUGCGUCUGGAAAGGAAGCACGUUGUCCAAGGACUAAUCAGGAUCAAAUGCCUGGCAACCAUUUAUACAAUUUGGAACGACACUGCUGAGGAAGAAGUGAAAGACGAGACCUUCACACUGGCCCAAAUACUGGAAAGCACCAUCUACUAUGGACAAGUGGAAACGGCUGUCGAAAAUGGCGGAGGACCACUCACAUUUUCCAGCAGUCUAUUGUGGGCUCUACUGCUGAUUUUGUAAUUUUUUUUUUAAAUUGUAAAUACAUUUUUUUUAUUGUAAAUAUGCUGGUUGAACUUUUACAACAAAUGUUUCACUUCGAAACGAUGAUGCCAAUUAGAUAUUUGUAGCUUAAUGUUGUUGAA